AUGACAAUCCCCCACGACCCAGCGCGGGUCGCCAGCAUCCUUCUAUCCCAACACGACAGCACCCUGAUCUCCUGCAAAACAAUCCAACGACUCUGGGCCGGCUACGGUCAGAUAUGCAGUGUGACCGCGCGAGCGAACAGUGACGCAGCAGCAACGCAUUUACACUCACUAUGCCACUCAAAAGCAAAUUCCAAAUCAAGCGCCAAAGCAGGAGACUCGUUCCAAUUAAUUCUCAAACUGAUCUCUGCGCCGAAAGGGUCAAGUUCGGCAGCAGGAAGAGGAAGGCCCGACGAAGGCCACCUGCGCAAAAUGUUUAGCUACGAGGUUGAGCAGUUCUUUUACGGGCAUAUUGUUCCUAGACUGGACGGGUUGGGCGUUGCGAAGUGUCUUGCCUCGACGUCUGGGUCCGACUCGGAUGAUCCCGAUGAUGACUCGGACCAACUGAGUGGCUGUAUGGCGAUUCUCAUGGCUGAUUUGCGGGCUAUGUAUCCCGUUUCCGGGGAGAAGAGGGGUGUUCUGUCUUCUGCUCAGGUCUUCGGCUCGUUGGCGUGGUUGGCUUCUUUUCAUGCGCGGUCUUGGGGGUUGGGACUGGUUUCUGUGCGGGAGGGACAGUAUAUUCUUCCGCCGUUGGAGGAGUAUUCUCGCCGUGGGGCUGAGAAACUUGAACUUGAAGGCGCAAGUCAAAGCCAUGCCAAUGUAUGGCUCAAUGGUGGAUACACAUAUCUCGCGACAAGGCGGAAGGAAUACGACUCGCUGGUCGAAGACGAUUCUUCCGAAUGGUCGGCGGCGUUCUGCAGUCCAUUCGCAUCGUCAGGUCCGUCAUCAACGGCCGAAUUGGCAGCCUUGUGUCUGGCUCCGCGGGGCCGGGCAAUGGAGUCGCUUAUCCACGGCGACGUGAAGUCUGAGAAUCUUUUCACGUCGGAGUCCGGGGACGAUGUGGCCUUUUUUGAUUUCCAGUAUGUGGGUCUUGGGCUUGGGGUUUGCGAUCUGGCGAAGUUGUUUACUUGUUCUGUGCCGGUGGACAUGCUUUUGGGUGGAGAGUCGCGGUCCGGGGACUAUCGAGAUCUACCUGAUUCCUUGGAUAUGUGUGCCGGUGAGAAGAUCCUGCUAGAGCGAUAUCGUGCGUCAUUGUUGCGGGGUAAAGGCGAAGGAUUUUAUGAUUGGGACUUGCUUGUGAGGCAUUGGGAGACUGCCUUGGUGGAUUGGUGCCGGUUCCAGGCGUCUUGGGGGUUUUGGGGCAAUACGAAGUGGCUUGAAGCAAGGGUGAGGUCUAUUCUGGCCGAUCAGGGGUGGAGGAAUUGGUUGGAGGAUGAUAUUAAGAAGAUUCAAGUUUAG